GGUCUAAAUUAGACGCGUUACACAGGGGAGUUGGUUGGAUAUUUUGUUCGGUCGAUUUUGUAUCAACGUCUACAUCAAAAUGUGGUUCAUGUGGCUUCUGUCCUUCGUGUCUAUGGCCAUACAGAUGGUCUUCAUCACCCUGGCUAUCGCUGCAGGUCUGUACUACCUUGCUGAGCUGGUGGAAGAAUACACGGUGCUGACGGCAAAAGUCAUCAAAGUCAUGAUCAUGGCUACGACUGGUGUGUUUAUCGGGUUGUGGCUGUUUGAAGGCAUGCCCUUCACCAUGAUUGGCUGCGGACUCGUAACCAACGCUGUGUUCAUCGUGCUGCUGGGAACAUUCCCUUUCUUCAGUUUCUCUUCACCAAGUUUCAUCCUAGGAGUCGUGCUGGUGGUGGUGAAUCAUUACUUGGCCUUCAAUUACUUUGCGACAGAGUGGCAUCCCUUUUCAGAAGUCCUGGGCUAUUUCACAGUAUGUUUGUGGCUGGUACCGUUCGCCUUCUUCGUGUCCCUGUCAGCAUCUGAACUCACCCUCCCCACCGUCAACCAGCAACAACAGGGACAACAGAGCCAGUAUCAAACUUUCGACAACAAAGAUGAUGUUGUCACCAGCUACUUCACCAAAGGAAGAAGAAGCAAGAGGUCUGGACUCUUGUCUCUCUUUGAGUAUGCCAAAGACUCUGUUCUGCCGACUCGAGCAAAGACAUUCUAAGACUCUGC